AUGCCCAGAAUCUCCCUUCGCCAACUCCGCCAAGCCUACAAAGUCUCUCCCUUCCUCUCCCGCCUCCUCCCAGCCUGCAGGGACCUCGCCUCCGCCCAAAACGAGCUACGAUGGCUACGUGACCACCACGCCGCCGCCCCGGCGUCGCGACGGCGGCCCCUCGCAGCCCUGUGCGAAGAGAGGCGUCGCGGCGUCCCCUCCAGUACAUCCUGGGCACCCAGCCCUUUGGCAACCUCGACAUCCGGUGCGGCCCGGGCAUGCGACGUUCUCGUCUCGAACCCUCCCUACGUUUCAUCCCAAGCCUGGAGCUUGGCCCAAGAAGGUCUUAGCUACUCGACCCGGAAGUACGAGCCAAAGUUGGCUCUCGUGCCAGGUGACCAUGUGGAUGUGCCUCGAGGUGGCUGGCUGCACGAAGAUGCGUUUUACGCCGCGCUGCUAGACAUCGCGCUGAUCGUCCAGCCGAGCAUUGUUCUCUUCGAGUUUGGGGGUGACGUUCAGGAGAACGGAUUCUACGGCUAG